UUCUCCUCGCGCCCUCCGCCGCCCGGGCGCGGAGACUGCAGGCUCCGGCGUGAAAGCCUGCGGGAGCGGCCGCGGGGGUGGGGCAGGCUCUGGAAGCCGCGCGGUGGCUCGCAGCCUUCGGGGCAGAACCUCCGGCUUGUGGCGGCGGCGGCGGGGGCGGCGCUCGCCUCGGUGUCUCCCGCCGCGCACACCCCAGCCGCCUGCUAGCGGUGCGGCUCCCGCUUCCACGCCUAAAAUGACGACCGUGUGAUGAUAGUGGGAUAAAUGGCGUCCAGAGUGACAGAUGCUAUAGUCUGGUAUCAAAAGAAGAUUGGAGCAUAUGAUCAACAAAUAUGGGAAAAAUCUGUUGAACAGCGAGAGAUCAAGGGAUUAAGGAAUAAACCAAAGAAAACAGCCCAUGUGAAGCCAGACCUCAUAGAUGUCGAUCUUGUAAGAGGAUCUGCAUUUGCUAAAGCAAAGCCCGAAAGUCCUUGGACCUCUCUGACUAGAAAGGGAAUUGUUCGAGUUGUAUUUUUCCCCUUUUUCUUCCGGUGGUGGUUACAAGUGACAUCAAAGGUCAUCUUUUUCUGGCUUCUUGUCCUUUAUCUCCUGCAAGGUGACCCCUGGCAAUGUCCUGUUUCCACAGUCUUUAGUUUGACAGUCUGGGAGAAUGAUCUCUUUCAGGCAUUGAUAGUAAAUCCUGGAAAAGAACGUACUUCAGUUGCUGCAAUAGUAUUAUUCUGUUCCGCUUCUAGCCCGCAUAGCAUCCCUCUGACCGAAGUGAUUGGGCCAGUAUGGCUGAUGCUGCUCCUGGGCACGGUGCACUGCCAGAUUGUUUCAACAAGGACCCCCAAGCCUCCACUGGGCACGGGCGGGAAGAGGAGGAGGAAGUUAAGGAAAGCAGCCCAUUUGGAAGUGCACCGGGAAGGAGAUGGGUCUAGUACUACAGAUAACACCCAGGAGGGAGCAGUGCAGAGCCACGGCCCAAGCGCCCCUGCCAGCGUGGGCACUGUCUUCAGGGACCUCUGGCACGCUGCCUUCUUUUUAUCAGGGUCAAAGAAAGCCAAGAAUUCAAUUGAUAAAUCAACCGAGACUGACAAUGGCUAUGUCUCCCUUGAUGGUAAGAAGACUGUGAAGAACAGUGAAGAUGGAACACAAAACCAUGGACCUCCGUGUGAAACAGUUGGACCAGAUGAGACAGCCUGGCCCACAGCCACCCUGAGGACUAUUCCCAGCAAAGAUACCCAAAGAAUAGUAACAAAUAUGUCUGACGAAGAGUCCAGUGAGGAAGGACCUGAGACAGGCUACGCCUUACGCCGUCACGCAGACAGGGCUUCGGAAAGCAUUCUCCGGAACAGGAAGUCACAGCACUACAAGAAACACCACCCCAACGAGGAUGCCCCUAAAUCGGGUACUAGUUGCAGCUCUCGCUGUUCAAGUUCCAGACAGGAUUCUGAGAGUGCAAGGCCAGAAUCUGAAACAGAAGAUGUGUUGUGGGAAGACUUGUUACAUUGUGCAGAGUGCCGUUCAUCUUGUACCAGUGAGACAGAUGUGGAAAAUCCUCAAAUUAAUCCAUGUGUGAAAAAAGAAUAUAGAGACGACCCCUUCCAUCAGAGUCAUUUGCCCUGGCUCCAUAAUUCCCACCCAGGACUAGAAAAAAUAAGUGCUAUCGUCUGGGAAGGCAACGACUGUAAGAAGGCGGACAUGUCGGUGCUGGAGAUCAGUGGGAUGAUCAUGAACAGGGUGAACAAUCACAUACCAGGAAUAGGAUACCAGAUUUUUGGGAAUGUCAUCUCCCUCGUCCUGGGUUUCACUCCGUUCGUUUUCCGACUCUCUCAAGCCACAGACCUGGAGCAGCUCCCGGCACGUUCAGCCACGGAGCUCUGUGAGAUCGCCUUUGGCUCCAGCGAGGACGUGCUGGUUCUGUCCAUGGUGCUCAUCAGCUUCGUGGUGCGGGUUUGUCUAGUGUGGAUUUUCUUCUUUUUGCUGUGUGUGGCAGAAAGAACUUAUAAACAGCGAUUACUUUUUGCAAAACUCUUUGGACAUUUAACAUCUGCGAGGAGGGCUCGAAAAUCUGAGGUUCCUCAUUUCCGGCUGAAGAAAGUCCAGAAUAUAAAAAUGUGGCUGUCUCUGCGUUCCUAUCUUAAGCGGCGAGGGCCCCAGAGAUCUGUUGACGUCAUCGUUUCGUCUGCUUUCCUGUUGACAAUUUCAGUUGUGUUCAUCUGUUGUGCACAGCUGCUCCACGUCCAUGAGAUCUUUCUAGACUGUCACUACAAUUGGGAGCUUGUCAUCUGGUGCAUCUCACUGACACUUUUCCUCCUGAGGUUUGUCACUCUUGGAUCGGAAACAAGUAAAAAAUACAGCAAUACCUCAAUAUUACUUACGGAGCAGAUAAACCUCUACUUGAAAAUGGAGAAGAAACCUAAUAAAAAGGAGGAGCUGACAUUAGUGAAUAAUGUCUUGAAGCUGGCUACUAAACUGCUGAAGGAGCUGGACAGUCCCUUUCGAUUGUAUGGACUUACCAUGAACCCACUGCUAUAUAACAUCACCCAGGUUGUCAUCCUGUCCGCCGUGUCGGGGGUCAUCAGUGACCUGCUGGGCUUUAAUUUGAAGCUGUGGAAGAUUAAAUCCUGAGGAGUCCCAGGGAAGCAGCCAUGGCCUCUUUCCCGAAGGCGUCGCCGACUGUGCACCUCGGGAGGCUCAGCCGACAGGCUCAAGUGUUUACAUCAGACUGUCUUGUGCAAUUCUUAUAUUUAUUUUACUUGUUCAUUUUUUUAAACAUUUACUUUAGUCUUUAUAUUUUAUUUUUAAGCAUUGGUGUCCUUAGUCAGUGAAAGGGUGAUAAAACUGAUAACUGAUACUUGAGAUCCUGGUAGUUAGCUAAGUCACGGAGCAUGACCGCGGAAGCCAUGACUGGGCUGAGCCCUGUGCCUCCAUGGAUGCCGAGAACUUGCCUUACGGAGGGAGACAAUUCUUUAGCUUUACAGUGUUGUGUUGGACUCAGCAAAGCACAGAUAGCAUUUUCUUGAGUAACUCAAGAGCAGUCAGGGUUUUCCUUGGGUUAUUUUAGACGGUGCCAGGAUCUAAAUUGAUUAAGCUACAGUUGAAGCACCCUUCAGUAUUAAAUUAUAUAUCUAUAUAUGUAUAUGUGUCUAUGUGCAUAUAUACAUAUACAUAUAUAGUGUUACAUAACAGGUCAACAAGUGCUCUUUGAUGACAAAACUCUUAAUAGAGCAAUAAUUGUAAAUGGUUACCAUACUGUAAGAUAUUUUGAUACAAAUUAACUAGUAAUAAUUGUAUUUAUUUGAAACACUGGGCUGUCCGCACAGCUCCAACUGUGCAUGCUCAAAAUGUGCACUUUUAAAAAUUGUUACUUUUAAUGUGUAUCUUUCUAGGGGAUAUGUCAUAGUGUACUAGGGCAUGAUAUGGUAUCCUUCUGAGUGAGGCCUCUGCCCAUCUCACAAGUGAAGUGCCUAUUGAUAUAACUAGAGUACAUCAUGUUUACUCAAGUAAGGUAAUUUUCUCCCCAUGGUACACUGUAGUGUGUUCUGUUCAUACCACACUCAAAUGAGCAAUUGAAGAGUCAGGCUGACAGCAAAUACGAUAUUCCUCACACCACUAGUCAUGAAAUGAUAUCUAAAUUUCCAUCGAAGACAGCUUCAGCUUGCAAAUCCUACCCUCCACCCUCAAUCUAUUGCGUUUUCGCGCCCCCUCCCCGACCCCAUCUGUUACGUAAGGGCUAUCUUAGAUGCUUUGAACUUGGGGAAUUAACUCCCACCACAGCCCCCUUCCAUCAUUGCCAAGUGUCCCGUCAGAACUUAUCCUGUUGGCAUGUUAGGUAAAUAGGGCAAAGACAACAGUAUUUUAAUUGGGCCUGGGUUUUAAGUUGUUAUGUCUGUACAAUCAAGAGUGUUUUAGGACUCAACUUGAAAUGUGAGAUUUUUUGUGUGUGAAUUUUUUUUAAAACUGGGCAUCUCGUUUCUAAAAGAAUAUAUCUGAACAAACUAGAAUUUUCUUGGUGCAAAGUGUAUCAUGUUGGAUCAGCCUCAACGUUUGUACACAUUAAAAAUAAUCAGUUGUAAAUAACCUUUGAUUGGUGCAGACCACCAUCAGAUCACCCCAGAUCACCAUCAGAACCAGGAAUGCCAGUAGGACCGAGCCAGGCCGCAUGCGCGCGGUCUUGCCAUUCCUGCGGGGAAUCUGGGCUCUGCCUCACCGUGCGGCGGAUGUCGCAGCUGUACGGGACAGCUGCGAGCCUUCCAUCUUCUUUGCCUCUGUGCUCAUAUGUUUAAUAACGACCAAAGUGCAUUCUGAGUCUUUUCAAACAAUGUAUCCCUGGAGCUUUAAGAACCCACCUAGUUUCUCCCGCGAGAGUUUUAGGCUGUGUCUUGGCUGUAUUUCUUCUUCUUCUUCUAUUGUCUAAUGUUGAGGUGGUUUUUAGGAAUUAUAUUUUAUAAACUUUUGGUUUUUUUCAGACUAAGGUACAUGCCUAUACAAAACUUAACAUUUUGCACAGAAUAUAUCAAAUAUAUUUUGAGAAAAAAAAAAGUACAGCAUGAGUUCUGUUAGGAGUAAAAGAUGAAACUCUGUGUCUCGUGCAUAUUUCAGAAUGGAGCUAUUUUUGAGAGAAGUAGCAGAGUAGGCUGAUUGAGGGAGACGCUGCUUCUAGGUGGAACUUCAGUUGAACGCAGAGCUGGGAAGUGACGGGCCAAGUGCAGUAUCCCCUCUCAGCAAGCAUGCACCAUGUUGAGUCGUGUCACUGACG